AUGGUCCGGAUAGGAGAGCUUCCUACGAGGUUGUUGGCCUUGCGUUAUGGAGCGGAUUUAGUUUGGGGUCCUGAAAUCGUUGACAAGGCUCUGGUGUCUGGUGAAAAGGCUCAAAGAGUAGUAAAUGAUCAUUGCCAGACCAUCGACUUUGUAAAACCUCCCUCGAACAAGGUCAUUUUUCGGUUACAUCCAUUGGAAAAGGGGCGAUUAAUUUUUCAGCUAGGUAGCUGCAAUCCGGAACUUGCUGUGGAAGCAGCAAAACUUGUGGUCAAUGAUGUUUCGGCAAUUGACCUGAACUGUGGUUGCCCAAAACAUUUCUCUGUGCACGCUGGAAUGGGUGCUGGUUUGUUGAAGAACCUUGACCGUUUGGAGUCGAUUCUCCGAGCUCUUGUUGAGCAGGUUGGCCAGCCAAAUAACAUUGGCAUUAGCUGUAAAAUUCGUCUACUUGAUACACAUGAAGCAACGCUCGACAUGGUCCGGAGACUGUGUAAAACCGGAAUUCGUGCGAUAACUGUUCACUGCCGGACAACUCCUAUGCGGAACACAGAGCCCGCUAUUCGCACCUCUUUACGUGACAUUGCAGAGAUAUGUCAUAGCUACCAUGUCUCUAUCCUUGUUAAUGGAGACGUCGACAAUCGCAAAAUGGCGAAGGAGUUGUGUGAGGAGUAUGGCGUAGAUGGCGCCGUCAUUGCAAGAGCGGCUGAAAAGAACGUUUCUUGUUUCCGCGAGGAAGGGCUUCUCCCCAUACAGCAAGUCGUGAAGGACUAUGUAAAGAUGUGUCUGGAAGUGGACAACAACUUUGGGAACACGAAAUACUGCUUAAUACAAUGGAUGCAAGGGAAUUUUCCAAAGGACAUUCGUCAGCGGGCUCAAGUCGCUAAAAGCUAUGGGCAACUUCUCGAGUGCUUUGAUCUUUCUUGGGACCGGUCGUCCGAGUCUCAGACAGUCCAAUCUCAAAAGUCAAAGAACUAUGCGCUUUUUCUUAGUCUCUAUAAGAACGACAACUUUCUUUCGACUCUUUGUGAUGAAAAUCUUCUCAAUCUGCUGUCGAAGAAUGACUGCACAAAAGUAAUUAUUCAUUUGAACGCUGACACACUUUCCGACACACAAGAGAAAGCAGUACAGCGGCUGAGAAAGCGUGGAAUUCGGAUAGAGCUUGUGGAUGCCCUUCAUCCGCUCGAUGCUAUCAUCUCCAAGGCCAAUGUGGUCGUGUGUUCUUCUGCCUGUGAAAGCAUACUCGCUGAAGCUGAUCGCAAAAAGAAGCCCGUGGUGAAAGUGUUCACGAGAACUACAAAUUCUGAGGAAGAAAAGGAAAACAGCAAUGCCUUAAUCGCAGACGAAACUCCUGUCAUUGACCAACUUCGGUCUUGUUUUGAAAAAAACCUUUAG